AUGGAGAUAAGACAUUGGACAAUUGUGAUUUUAAUCACUGUCGGGAUUGGUUUCUCCGAAAGUUGCUGGGCCUCUUUCAGCUGUACCCCUUGUCUCUGUCGUGAUGACGCGAAGGGUGGUAUAACUGCCAACUGUUCCAACCAAGGACUAAACAAAAUCCCUAUCACCAUUCCAGAUAACGUAACCUCGUUGUUGCUAAGCCACAACAUCUUCAGCCAGGUUGAGCCCGGAGCCGUUAAACGUUUUCGCAGCUUACAGCAUCUGGAUCUGUCUUUCAAUAAAAUCACCUCAUUACACAGGGACUCUCUGGUCGGUGUCGAGAUGUUGAAGACACUGAGUUUUCAUGGGAAUAACAUUAACCUCACACAAACAACCUAUCCCAAAGAUGUAUUCCUCCAUCAGAAGCAAUUGGUCAUGCUGGACAUUAGCAAAAAUGAUAACUCCUAUUCAGGAUCCGACUACCCUGACAAGACACUAAUGGGUUUGACGUCUCUGCAAACACUCAUUGUAGAUGGACUAUUGAAUGCCACUUUUGGAGAGGGUUUUGCAUCUCUUACAAAACUUACCCAUUUGAAUCUCUCUGGACAGAAAGGUUAUUGCGGGAUCAGACACUUGUCCAAUAAUGCCUUCACCAAUCUGCCUUCUCUUCGGCUCCUGAAUAUCAGCUCCUGUAGACUCAACAUUAUUGACAGAUCGACUUUCUCUCCUUUGAAAAGUAUUUCUAUCUUGGAUGUAUCAGAUAAUGAAUAUCUUGGAUUUGAUAGACUCGGAGAAUCCUUUUAUGGCCUUAGACAUUCUUCUAUUCGUGUUCUUAAUGCUAAUCAUAUCGUACCAACGUUUGCCAUUGCUAUAACAUUGAAAGCAAAGCAUGUGCAAUACCUGAAUGGCACAGGUAUCAAACAUAUGGAUUUUGCUUCAGACAGGAUUGAACUGAUUGAAACUGAAGUUUUGUCAAUAUUGUCAUCAUUGGAAACUAUUAACGUGGGUGGAAACCGAUUCACUUUUGGGACGUAUCUUCUAGGCUUUGACAGGAUGGUAACUCUGACAGAACUUCAUGCUGCGAACCAAUAUGGUUCACAUGUUCCACCUAUAAUAACAGACUUUCCUUACCAAAACAAAGGCAUCAAGUUCCCAAAACGUAUUGAUGAUACUAAUAACAUUUCACAACAUACUGGGCAUCUUUCCAGUUUGAACAAAAUUACUUUAGAUAACUCUGAAACGAACUUCAUAUCUGAGGACGUCAAGCGAAACAUAUAUUGGUACAGUUUUCCUUCAACAACAGAAUAUUUUAAGUUGAUGGAUGCACAACAAAAGGGAUACACAUGUCUGAAAAACGUUUUGGACUUUCAUAUAAAAAUUCCAAUGCCUCCAAUCUUGACAUAUAUCAAUGUGUCCAAUAGUAGACUAGCUUUCGAAAUCCCACAGAUUGAUUUAUACCACAAUAAAGUGAAGACACUUGACUUCUCAAAAAAUCUCCUGACAAAAUGGCAUGGUCCCGUGUCUCCCAUUGACAGAUUAGAGUUCUUAGACUUGUCUCAGAACUUUUGCAAUUUCAUGUCCAGUCAUUUUCUCAGUAAGGCCUACGCACUUCGUCAACUUAACAUCAGCCACAAUUACCUCGCUUUAUCCUUACAGAAUGACACCGUUGGCAAAUUGUUUCAAAAUGUAACUAAUCUGCUGGUUCUAAACAUUGCUUAUAAUUUGGCAGGAAUUCUACCCUUUUCCCUCUUUAAACAUCAACAUCGACUAGAAUAUCUAGAUCUCAGCUGGAAUCUUAUCACAUCAUGGACGGUCCAGAUAAGUCACAUGAAGAACCUUUCCUACUUGGACAUGUCGAACAAUCGGUUUGUAGACCUACCAAUUACACUUCGAAGCCAAAUUGAUGAAAUCAUGAAGAACAGAAAUGAAGACUUUCAUCUGAAGAUCAGUGGAAACUUGUUCAAAUGUGACUGUUCAAGUUUAGAUUAUUUCCAGUGGAUGUUGAAGAAAGAUGUACUGGUGGAAGAUAUCAAUACAACACAGUGCCAGAUGGAUGACGGGACAUACGUCAGCCUGAAAAACCUAGAGGACAUUGUGCUGAACCUUCAACUAAGAUGUCACACAAUACUGCCGAUCAUAGGUGGGUCGGUAGCAGGGAUGGUGGUGUUCUUCACUAUUGUAAUAGCUGGCAUCAUCUACCGUUACCGAUGGAAGCUGAGAUACAUGUACUACUCCACCCGGAGAAGGUACAGAGGCUACCAGAGAUUGACUGGAGAGGAAGACAACUUCACUUAUGAUGCCUUUGUCUCAUAUGCUGACGAGGACAGGGACUUCGUGGUGCAGGAUAUGCGCAACGUUCUUGAGAGGAUACAUGGAGUGCGACUGUGCAUACAUCACCGAGAUUUCAUGGUUGGAGAGGCCAUCACUGCCAAUAUCUUAAACGCCAUACAAUCAAGCCGUAAAACCAUUGUUAUUUUGUCUCCAAGUUUCCUCAAGAGUUCCUGGUGUGAUUAUGAAGUCCACAUGGCCAAACUUGAGAGUAUCCACACUGGAAGGGAUGUUCUGUGCGUCGUGUGGUAUAUUGAUGUGCCUGACAACAAAGCUUUAACUGAAGACAUCUCCUUUGAAAUUGAACAUGGUACCUAUCUCAGAUACCCAAAUAAUGGCGAGGACGUGGAAUCGUUUUGGCAAAAUCUUAAAGAAGCAAUAGUCCAAUAAGGACAGUCGGAGAUAAUACACGAACUCUGAUAUUGUGAACUGUCUUUAAUAAAUGUCCUAAUGUAUUCUAAUUAAAUUUGAUGUUGAUAUGCGUUUGAUAAUUGUCAUGUAUUCUGAUCAGAUUUGAUGUUGACAGAUGUGUUUGAUAUCAUUAUGUGAUCUGACAAUGCUUGAUCUCGAUGAGUGUUUGAUGUCAUUAUGUCACCUAAAAAGGUUUGAUGUUGACAGAUGUGUUUGAUAUCAAUAUGUGAUCUGACAAUGCUUGAUCUCGAUGGGUGUUUGAUAUCAUUAUGUAACCUAACAAGGCUUGAUGUUGAUAUGUGUUUGCCAUCAAUAUGUGAUCUGACAAUGCUUGAUCUCGAUGAGUGUUUGAUAUCAUUAUGUCACCUAACAAGGCUUGAUGUUGACAGAUGUGUUUGAUAUCAAUGCUUGAUCUCGAUGGGUGUUUUAUGUCAUUAUGUCACCUAACAAGGCUUGAUGUUGAUAUGUGUUUGCCAUCAAUAUGUGAUCUGACAAUGCUUGAUCUCGAUGGGUGUUUGAUAUCAUAUGUAACCUAACAAGGCUUGAUGUUGACAGAUGUGUUUGAUAUCAAUAUGUGAUCUGACAAUGCUUGAUCUCGAUGAGUGUUUGAUGUCAUUAUGUCACCUAACGAGGCUUGAUGUUGAUAUGUGUUUGAUAUCAAUAUGUGAUCUGACAAUGCUUGAUCUCGAUGAGUGUUUGAUAUCAUAUGUAACCUAACAAGGCUUGAUUUUGAUAUGUAAUCCAUAUAGGCGAGCUGUACACGAUUGCUUGGUGUACUUCCCUAGCGAGUUUUACGCAGAAGUGCUUGGUAUUCUUACCUAGAUUUGUCCUAUAGACGAAUUGUACGCAGAUGCACAUGGUUUACUUUCCUAGCUAUGUCUUAUGGGCAAGCUGUAUACGGGUGCACCUGGUACAACUUUACUAGCUAUGUCUAAUGGGCAAGCUGUAUACGGGUGCACCUGGUACAACUUUACUAGCUAUGUCUUAUGGGCAAGCUGUAUACGGGUGCACCUGGUACAACUUUACUAGCUGUGUCUUAUGGGCAAGCUGUAUACGGGUGCACCUGGUACAACUUUACUAGCUGUGUCUUAUGGGCAAGCUGUACACUGAUGGAAUACAUUAGUCAGUAUUAUUUCUGUACUAAAAUAUGCUUGUUAAAUUGCUUUUUUAUGUAGCUUUUAUGUACUGUUGACAUAUGUUCUUUGAUUAUAAAUUCAUAGGCUGUUACCGUCGUUGAAACAAUACCGACGAAUUGUUGAAUAGGAAUUCACUCACAUUAUUCAGAAUUGUGUCAUAAUUUUGAUAUAGAAUAACAU